UAUUAAAGAGCUCUACUGGACUAAUCCGAUUUUACGACUUACGACGGUGCAAUUGAGGCUAUUUCGGUAAUUUCAGUAGCUCAUUUCCUCGAUCCUCAAGUGUACUGCAAAAACUCUGUCGUCGUCCGCAAGAAGAGCAAGGGUCUUUUCUCUCUUCUGCAAACAUAUCAUCAACCCUAAUCUCUGGACUAUCAAUUUAGGGUGUUUUUUUUUUUUUAAAAUUAAAAAGGUAUAGAUAUUUAAAUAUCCUGGGUUGUUGCUUUUGGAAGAGAAAUGGGUGGGUCGUCGGAGACAAAGAUCUUGCAAGAGCUUAUUCUUUACGCGGCGAGCGCAGCUUUCAGCUGCUUGGUUCUCUUUGCGGGGCUCAGGCAUAUCGACCCUAAUCGCGAGGCGUCCAAAAAAGCUCACGAGCAUAAAAAGGAGAUCUCCAAGCGUUUAGGUCGUCCUCUUGUUAACACCAAUCCAUACGAGGAUGUGAUUGCGUGUGAUGUGAUAAAUCCAGACCACAUUGAUGUGGAGUUUGGUUCUAUUGGAGGACUGGAGUCCAUCAAGCAGGCUUUGUACGAGCUUGUGAUACUACCGUUGAAGAGACCUGAGCUUUUCUCGUAUGGGAAGCUCCUUGGACCUCAAAAGGGUGUCUUGCUCUAUGGGCCUCCUGGUACUGGAAAGACCAUGCUUGCUAAGGCUAUUGCCAAAGAAUCAGGAGCUGUUUUCAUCAACGUUCGGGUCUCGAAUCUGAUGAGCAAGUGGUUUGGUGAUGCUCAGAAGCUUGUUGCUGCUGUAUUUAGCCUGGCGUACAAACUCCAACCUGCUAUCAUUUUCAUCGAUGAGGUUGACAGCUUCCUUGGCCAGCGCCGCUCAACAGAUCAUGAAGCAAUGGCGAACAUGAAGACUGAGUUCAUGGCUUUGUGGGAUGGGUUUUCUACAGAUCCGAACGCGAGGGUUAUGGUUCUUGCUGCAACUAACAGACCGUCAGAGCUUGAUGAAGCGAUACUGAGGCGUCUUCCUCAGGCCUUUGAGAUUGGAAUGCCUGAUCGACGGGAGAGAGCCGAGAUAUUGAAAGUGACCCUGAAAGGAGAGAGGGUGGAACCCAAUAUCGACUUUGAUCAAGUAGCUCGUUUAUGCGAAGGCUAUACCGGAUCCGACAUCUUUGAGCUCUGCAAGAAAGCGGCUUACUUCCCUAUCAGAGAAAUCCUCGAGGAAGAGAGAAAAGGGAGACCAUGUCCGGUCCCUAGGCCAUUAUCACAGUUGGAUUUGGAGAAGGUUCUUGCUACGUCAAAGAAGACGCAGGUUGCAGCAGGCGAGUACUCUGGUUUGAGCUCGCAGUCUUCUGCUUGGAGAGGCUCAAGGGAACCAGACGAGGUACAAGCAGCCAUAAGUGGAAUCUCGAAGCUUCUUGUUUCGCAGAUCAUUAACCUUCAGUCAGACUCUCAGGAUUCAUGGCAGCGGGAUCCAGAAGAAGAUUCCUGAUGAUGAAAUUCUGGAUUAUAUGAACGUUCUGGUUUCAUGGGAAGUUUGAAAUUUGCCACACUUCAAACUGUGUUAUGUAAUGUUUUCUUCAUAGGAUAAUCAGAUUGCUUUCGGCUUUUAUUAAGAGGCUUUGAUCUUAUGCUUUACUGAAUCUCUCUUGUUCAUAAUAUGACCAAUGUACUCACUUGAUUUGGUUAUGUAAGUGUUAAGCUCUUUCUUCUCUUCCCAUGAUCAGUAAAUGGAGAUGCUUGGUCAAAUUGUGAAGUGAUUAUUCAGAAAAUUAGUUUCAUAAAUCAGAGUAUACACACAUACAGAGAUUUGAUUAUAUUCAGCAACACCCUAAAUCACAAAAAAAAAAUCUCAGCUUUGAUCUUUGAACAUCUGGGCUUUGUUGACUGGGCUUUGUAGUAUAGUCAAGUAAAAAAAAAGUGCCUUCUUUUUUCUAUUUCCCAAUUUCGUUCUCUUGCCUUCGCUUUGAACGAUCUUCUCCAGCCAAAUCUAUCAGAUUCGGUCGACUCACACUCAAUUUCGACUUGGCGGGUUAUUGUGAUUGAGAUCUAAGUCCUGUGAUCAUGAAUUAUCUUCUUGGAGCCUUCAAGUCCGCGUGCAAUAUUUCAAUCACUUUUUCUGAUGGCAAAAAUCGAAAGCAGGUACCGAUGAAGAAAGAAAAUGGUCAAACAGCUUUGGUGCCACUUUUCCAGAAUCAAGAAACGAUUUCCGGGAAGGUAUGCAUUGAACCAUAUCAAGGGAAAAAGGUGGAGCAUAAUGGUGUAAAAGUUGAGCUCCUUGGUCAAAUAGAAAUGUACUUCGACAGAGGAAACUUUUAUGAUUUCACUUCCUUGGUUCGUGAACUGGAUGUCCCCGGAGAUAUAUACGAAAGAAAGACAUAUCCUUUUGAAUUUCCAACUGUCGAGAUGCCAUAUGAGACGUACAAUGGUGUGAAUGUCCGGCUAAGAUAUGUCCUCAAAGUAACCGUCACUCGUGGCUAUGGUGGAAGCAUCUUGGAAUACCAGGAGUUCGUGGUUCGGAACUAUGCUCCACUUCCUGAUAUUAAUAACAGCAUCAAGAUGGAAGUUGGAAUUGAGGACUGUCUGCACAUUGAGUUUGAGUACAAUAAAAGCAAGUAUCACCUAAAAGAUGUAAUCCUUGGGAAAAUAUAUUUUCUUCUUGUGAGAAUCAAGAUGAAGAACAUGGACCUUGAGAUCAGACGGCGAGAAUCAACGGGUGCAGGUGCUAAUACUCAUGUCGAGACAGAAACGCUUGCCAAAUUCGAGCUGAUGGAUGGAACUCCCGUUAGAGGUGAGUCGAUACCUGUAAGACUGUUUCUGGCUCCAUACGAUCUAACACCAACGCAUCGCAACAUCAACAACAAGUUCAGCGUCAAGUAUUAUCUGAAUCUUGUUCUGGUAGACGAAGAGGAUCGCCGUUACUUCAAGCAGCAAGAAAUCACCUUGUACAGGUUGAAGGAAGACACAUCAUCUUAGAUGACAGUCUAUUAAAAAAAUUUAGCAAACUUAAAAAGUGUUUUUUAAUCAUUAACUAUUUUCAAUCUCUUACUUUUGUCAAUUUCUGAUGAGAUUUAUGUCUAUUUAAAAAAAAUCUACGAGACCAAUACCAUCUGAAAAGAGUUAAUUUAAUAAAUAAAUAAAGAGAGGGUAUUUUCAAAUUAAA